AUUGAAAUUAGAAAAUUCAAAGGACGGGUUAUGCGGUUUUUAUAAGGGACGAAACGGCGUAGUACAAAGUAUUGAAACGGCGUAGUACAAAGUAUUGAAACGGCGUGCCGUUGAAAUUGAAAUAACCACCGAUUCAUGUUCACUGUGAAGAUUGAAUAUUGACUCACCAUUUGGAUUCGAUUGAAGGUAACAAAAACUAUUAUUCAAUUUAAUUUCAUAUUUACUGUUUCAAACCCUUUUCUCCCAAAUCAAAGCCUUCAUGUUGAAUAUCCAUCGUCAUAGAGCUUUUCAUUAUAUCAACCCAAACCCAUUACCCUUUUUACUGCAUUUCUGCACCAACACUUCUCCUUCAACCUCCUUUCAAGUCUCUUACCUCAUACACAAUUUUGGGUUCUCCCCUCAAUGUGCAAACAAACUUUGCUCCUCUUACAAUGUACGUUUCAAGACCACCCAAAAGCCUGAUUCAGUUCUUAACUUCUUUACAAAUCAUGGUUUCUCAAAAACCCAAUUACACAACAUGAUUACUAAGGCACCAUGGCUUCUUUCCUGCGAUCCCAUCAAAAGGGUUUUGCCGAAGUUUCAAUUUUUUCUCUCCAAAGGUGCUUCUAACUCUGACAUUGUUAACCUUGUCACUAAGAACCCUAUGGUCCUGUCUUCAAGCUUGAAGAAUCAAAUUGUCCCAACCUAUGAAUUGGCUUAUGGAUUCUUGCAAUCUCACAAGGAUACUAUUGAUUGUGUAAACAAUAGUCCAACUUUCUUUGGAGACAGACGUGUGGCAUCCAACAUCAGAUUACUGAUUGAGAAUGGAGUGGCUGACUCAAACAUUGCAAGAUUGCUUAAGUCCCGCUGUCGGAUAUUGCAGACAUGUGACAUGCUGAAGUUGGUGGAGGAAUUAAAGGAUUUGGGUUUUGAUCCUUCAAAAGCAACUUUUGCUGUAGCUUUGAAUGCCAAAAUCACUGUAAACAAAACCUUAUGGAAAGAGAAAGUUGAUGCCUUUAAGAAAUGGGGUUGGUCUGAUCAAGAUGUUUUGGUAGCAUUUAGAACUCAGCCUUACUGUAUGUUAGUAUCUAUUGAUAAAAUUAAUUUAGUGAUGAAUUUUUGGGUCAAUGAGUUGGGUUGGGAUGCUAUGGCCCUUGUCAAAGGAUCCGCAAUUCUUUUGUUAAGUUUGGAAAAAAGGAUCAUUCCAAGGGCCCAAGUAGUGCAAUAUCUGCUGAAGAAAGGUUUGCGAAAAGCGAAUGCAAGCUUAAUUUGUCCCUUUAUAGUGCCUGAUAAGUUGUUUCUUGAUAUGUUUAUAACACGUUUUGAGGAGUCUUCUUAUCUAUUAAAGCUGUAUGAGGAAAACCUCAAUCUUGCUUAGACGAAGGACAAAACUUGCUUAUCGUGAUUAGAUUUUCAGGUAUAAACUCAUUUCAGACUUGCACAUUUUCCAGUGGAAGGCUUAUGCUUCUGAUUUGUAUUUGUAAGUUACUCUUCCGAAUAAUUUUCAUUUGGUUUAGUGUAGUUUCUCUAGUAUACAAUUUGGUUGCCUUCUUAAGCCACUAAGGUUCACUCAAGAAUCAAGAUAUAGCCGAUCAAAAUUUGAUACAAACAUCAAAACGAGAUUCAACGUGAUUUCGCAAGAGCUUUCUCUUUAAUGCCUUCAAAUGAGUCUAUCUCUAUUGAUUAUCUCUCAGUUGUGGUUUAUACUGCUGGUGAUGUAGAAAGCCCAGUGUUGCAGAAAAUAACAAUUUGUUCAAAUGUUGUUACACUGGCAGUACUAUAACCGCUAUUUGACAGUAUUUUAAAUUAUAUCGUGUAUCCCAGAAUGUUAACGGUUGGUUAAAAUAUCACUACACUGUAGUGUGUUAUAACAUCGUGAUAACCACUAUUUGACAACAUAAAGAAGCAUAUAGAGAAAGCACUCAAGUGCCUCCUAUUGAGCUAGCUAGGAGACAUCAAGGAUUGAAGGUUUUACUUCUGAUGGGGCUGAACAAACAGAACCCUCAUCGUCCACCUCUUCUUAAAAACUUUGUUUAAAUUUUACCUUGUAUUUAAAAAAUCUUGACAAUGAUGACGCUUAUUUUUCUUUUUGCCUGAUGACAAUGAUGAUGCUUAUUUUUCUUUUUGCCUGAUGACAAUGAUGAUGCUUAGCAUAUAUGUUUUUAAUGUUGAUAUAUAUUUUUUCAUUA